ACCACACUGCAAGAAUGCACUUUCUCAAGACCAAAACUCCACAAAACUUUUGAAAGUCGAGACUGAGACUGGACCAAAUCUAUUAAAAAAAUAAUAAGAAGAAUAAAAAUAAACGUGAAAUUUACGUGAUUAAGGUUGCAGUCUUUUUCAGGAGUGCUUGAAUGUUAGAAUUAAAAAUUGGGGGUGGAAAAAAAAAAAUUCUCUUAUUUGUGUCUUUGUCCAGCAGAUGGCAGCAUUUGUUAAUAUGUAUUUGCCACACUCUGCACUGAAAGAACUUUGACGUCAAAAUCAAAUCAAUAUAUUUUAAAUGACUCAUCAGAUUUGUAAGUUUCAGGGUUCAUUUUGCUGACGCACAAAAAAAAAUGUUAAAUUUAACUAACAUUUAAUGAUCACGUUUCAGUGCCAUUGAUGGCGAUAGACGUCUAAUCCAUUUGGACAGGCAAGGGCAUCCCUCCCUUGCUAGUUUGAUUGGACGUCUACCGCCGUCAAUGGCGCCUAAUGAGUUAAUUCUGCCCUCUCUCACCCCCUCCCUCCUUCCCUCUCUCCCACUUGGCUUACUCAGCAUCCCGCACUCCAGCACUCCUCCACCACGCUGGCCGCCCGCACACAGCCGGUUGUCAUGGCGAUGAUGGAGUCAUCCCCGAGGCGUGUUGCCAUGGAGAUGCCGGUGCGGGGUGCUCUCCCGGCGGUGGAGGAGGACGCGCGACCGGCCGCCUUCGAGGAGCUCCUACGGUACCGCGGAGGAGGAAAGCGGCGACGCGGGCCGCCCUUCAACCGGGCCGGCCACUACGUGUUGGUGGUGAUCGGUGACAUCGGCACCGAGCAGCAACUGGACGCCGCUAGAGCGCACAUCGAAGCCGGAAUUCGAUCUUGGGAUGUGGACUUCAACUGCCUCGACCUUGAGCAGCAGCUUCAGUUGUUCAUAACACGCCACUCUGCCCAUUUCUCCUCAGAAGUCAAAGGUCAAAGGACUCUCCACCAUAGAAGUGAUGUCCUAGAGACGGUGGUGCUUGUCAACCCUUCGAAAGAAACCGUUGUAGCAGAGAUCCAAUCGCUCAUCACAGACUCGGCAGGGCACAAGCUUCUAGUUUUGAGUGGUCCAAGCUCGGAUCACGGUGGCCUCCUUCUUCAAACAGGGGUUUUCACCUACGAGACCUUUGCUAGUAUAUUUGCUGAUCCUGGGGUCAUUGAACAACUGGGCCCAUCCAUCCCCAAGCAGCAGGCUACACUUACCGUGUCCUGCCGCGGGGAGGUGGGCUGGAACUCCCUGGGACAGCAAAAGACCCUGCGGGAGUUCCUACACUACAAACUAAACCCUGAACCUGUAGUCCUCAAAAUGGAGGGGGUUACAGAGUUUACAGAGUACAUCUGCGCAACAGUUGACGUCCCUUCACCCUUUGACCUCCUGGAGCCGCCGACAUCCGGAGGUUUUUUAAAACUGUCCAAGCCGUGUUGCUACAUUUUCCCUGGCGGACGUGGAGACUCCGCUCUCUUCGCUGUGAAUGGGUUCAACAUCUUAGUAGACGGCGGUUCCGAACGCAAGUCCUGCUUCUGGAAGCUAGUCCGUCACCUGGACCGUAUCGACUCUAUUCUGCUCACUCACAUUGGUGCCGACAAUCUCCCAGGUAUCAACGGAAUCCUACAGAGGAAGAUAGCGGAACUGGAGGAGGAGGGAUCUCAAGGCUCCACCAAUGGUAGUAAUUGGCUGAAGAACUUGAUUUCCCCAGAACUUGGAGUGGUGUUUUUCAACGUGCCGGAGAAGUUACGCAUGCCAGAAUCUAAUCUUAAAGUCAAACGCAGCAUCGAAGAAGCCUCGCUGACUUUGCAGUACCUUAACAAACUUGGAAUUAAGCCGGAGCCUCUUUAUCGAGUGGUCAGCAACACGAUCGAGCCCAUUACCCUGUUCCACAAAAUGGGAGUGGGUCGUUUAGAUAUGUAUGUCCUCAACCCCGUCAAGGAAAGCAAAGAGAUGCAAUUUCUCAUGCAAAAGUGGGCUGGCAACAGCAAAGCCAAAACUGGUAUUAUUUUGCCAAACGGGAAAGAAGGAGAAAUAUCUGUUCCCUACCUGACUUCAGUGACUGCCUUAGUCGUCUGGCUUCCCGCAAACCCGACAGAAAAGAUUGUCAGAGUUCUCUUCCCUGGAAACGCACCUCAAAAUAAGAUCCUAGAAGGCCUGGAAAAGUUAAAGCACCUUGACUACUUGCGCUAUCCCGUAGCAACACAAAAAGAUAUUGCUUCAGGAGCUCCCCCCUCUGUGGUAAAGCAGACAAAGUUAAAACAAAGGACGGAGAGCAAAGAGAGCCUUAAAUCUUCCCCCAAGACGACCGCAAAGGUCACCAAGGAGAAAACAGAAGGACAAGAAGAUGCUUUAGCUGUCGCAGAAACAAAAGUUGACACAGUAAAGGAAAACAUUCCUGUGAAAAAAGAACCCAAAAAGACCAUUAAAACCAUCAAAUCGAAAAUGGAUAUGCCAGAAAAGAAGAAACUUCUGAAAGAAAAAACUUUGAAAAAGCACUCCAAGGAAAGGGUAUCAAAAAUGGAUGAGAAAAAGGACAAGGAGAAAAAAGAGAUCAAGAGGAUCAAGAAAGAUGAGUCUGCCAAAAAGGACGAGAAGAGAGAUGCCAAAUCCAAGGAGGACAAGAAAAAGGAGUCAUCUAAACCAGAGCUGAGAAAAAUAGCAAAACCGGACUUGAAACCUCUGACGCCAGAAGUCCGAAAGACAUUGCACAAAGCUAAAGUAUCCAGUAAGACAAAACCUGUAAAAACAAAACCAGCCAAGACCGAAUCAAAGCCAGAGGAACCAAAAACUGAAGAAAAAGACAAACCUAGAGAAACCAUUCAAGAUGAGCCAACACAUAAUGGAACUUCCUUCUCUCAAGACCUCACCGAGGACAUUGAAGUGACCAAAGCUGGAGAUGAUCUCGCAGCACCAUCAUGCCAAGAUGAAGUUGCUUUGAAAACAAAAGCUCAAAGCUUAACCCAAGAGAAACCAGAAGCACCAGAAAAUGUACCUCUACCCGCUACAGAAUCUCCUGGAAAGGAAGAACCGCUGCCCGUGACACCUGCUGACGAUGCAAAAUUUGACGACCAGAAAGAAUUGGAAGAGACCCAAAUGUAUGAGGAUGAAGGCGCUGCGUCUCAAGAUGAGGAGGAGGAUGAAGAAGAAGAGGCUCCAACUGCUGAGGCAAGGACAGAUGAUGAGGAGGAGGAAGAGGAGGAUAUGGGUAUUGGAGAAGAGGAAGAUGAAUUGGAGGGAAAACACGAAACUCAAGAAAUGGAGAAAGCAGACACUCUUAAGUCGGCAAAGGUUGACACACAGGAGGAAGAAGAUGAAGAGGAUGAAGAUGAGCCAGUGGAGAAAGCUGAACUGGAGGAAGUGGAAGAUUUAGACGUAAUAGCGGAUGAAGAGAUCACCGGUGAAGAUGUAGCAGAAGAACCAGUCGUCGGUGAGAGCAAAACCGACCCCUUGACAAGAGCCGUAUGUGACGAUGAAGAAGACGAAGAGGGCUACCUUUCACAUGUGGGAGGGACCACAGCGCCUAUUAGCACAGUAGCUCCAGGAGCAGUCGCUAUAGAAUCCAUCUCCUACAUCCAAGAUGAGACCAUUCCAGGCUAUUCGGAAACCGAACAAACCAUCUCUGAUGAGGAGAUCCACGAGGAAGCAGAGGAGAGGAUACCACACCUUCAGUAUGACGUUGGUGCCCAUGAUGUCUCAGUUCCAGAUCAGACUGGAUCAUUUGUUAACAUUCACGGCAUAAAAGAAAUGCAGGCCUCGGCCGUUCCGACAAAAGGUUUUAUGCCUGGGGUGCAGGAGCAACUGUCAAUGUACACCAACAUUUUUACUGCUCCUCUUGCGGAAGAAGAGCACGUGUCCUCUGCAACUUCCAUAACAGAGUACGAUAAAAUGUCCUCUCUCCCCACUUCUCUUGCUGACGACCAGUCUGCAGCGUCAACUGUAGCGUUCGAAGAGCCAGCUAAACCAAGAAUGAGCACCGAGCAACUUCUCUCAUCGGGAACCCUUUCACCUUCAUCUCUUGAAGACAAGUCUCCUUCCGCUGACUUACAGCUUCCUCUUGAAGAUACAAAGAUAACUGUCAAGGUUCCAGAUUCCCAUGAUGAUGAUGAGGAGGAGGAAGACGAGGAAGAUCAGACUCCCAAUGUUGAUAUCUCUCUUGAAAAACUCCAAGAGGGCUAUGCCUCAACCCAAAUAACAAAGAACCAAGACAAAGAUGUUGAAAAGCUGCCUGGCUCUGCAGCUCCCGGUUCCAAGUCAAUAGGAGAGGACAAACCAAUCCACUUUCCAGUUGAAGAGGAGAAUAUUGACGUGGUAGCAUCCAAAGUGGUUUCAUCAGUUGUGCCUACAAGACCUCUCGGCUCAGACUCUGUUACCUCAGAGAGUGAGGAACGUUGCUACAGUCCAGAUGAUAUCACUGUAAAAAUGGCCUCCCCGACACAAUCGGGACCACCGAGUGCAACUCAUUCCCCCCUUAGACAUUCACCACUGGGAGCAUUCCCUGAGUUGGAGCCCCCCAAACUCGCAACCUUACCUGACGACCAAACCAGACAAGAAAAAGUGGAGGAGCCAAAAGACAAAAAGAUAGAAGACAAACCACUUGACAAGGAUGUACCUGUCAAAAAACCAGAAGAACCUGUGUCAGAACGUCAUUCUCCAAUCUCCUAUAGACAAAGCGAUGAAGAACAUGGUAAAGCCACGGAACAACUUCUUGACAAUGAUGACAACAACAACAAAGGCACUAUAGAUGAUACGUCUGUAGAAAAGACAGAACAAGAAGAUAUUGUUUCCCAGUUAGAAAAAAUGGAGGAUGAACAGAAACGUAGUUCUGCUCUCCAGAAAGAUGCUUGUGCUGUUUCAACGACUGAAGUUGAAAAAGCAGCUAAAGAUGCCGAUACUUAUGAUGUUAAACCUACAAAUAAAGAAGCAUUUGACGACGCCAAAAAAGAUGAUUUGAAGGAGUUGCAAAAAGAACCCAUUCCUUUAGCCAAAUCAUCUGCUUUUGAGGACACACAUGUCAAACAUGAAGACCACGACCUAAAGACCACAGAAGACGUCAAGAAGACAGAUACUCUUGUGACUGAGGAAGAUAAGACAAAACCCGAGGAAAAGCAGAUUAAAAGUUCUCACAGCACAGAUUCAAAGGAUGAUACUUCCAUUAAAAAGCCUUUUGAGGAAGAGAAGCAGGAGAAGAAUGGAAAAGAUGAAAAAGUGGAUGAACUAAACAAAGACGACAAAGUAGAAACCACGCUCAUCACAGACAAGCGGACUGAAAAAGACGAAACAAAUACAGCCUUGACUGAAAUCACUAACAAAGACAUCGUUUGCGCGGCUGUUGCACACAUCACAGCAGAAGAUAAUAAUAAUGAAAUGAAAUCUGCCAUGCUAGCAAGCUCUGAACAACAAUUUACAGACAAAUCUGUCAAAGAAGAGGACAAGGCAGAGGGUGUUUAUACUGCUGGCAUACCAACUGAUGUGGACAUAACGAGCAAACAUGAAAUUUAUGCUGUUAAAGAAGACGAAAAAGCUGUUGGCAAAGAAGACACCAUCACCGACAAACCAUCCAAGAAGGAAGACAUAUCAAUUGUGGAUCAAAGUGUUGCUAUGAAAUUUAUGCAAGAAACACGGAAAGAUGAAGUCGCUGUCAAACCCACUGAAGAAGAAUACAAAGACUACAUUGAAGUAAAACAAGAUGAAGAAGUAGAUAAGGCUAUUUCAGAAGAAAAACUUAAAAAGGACGACAUGAAAGACACACAAAAAGAAGAAGCUUAUGAUAAGGAUGAACAUUCUGAUGUGGUACCAAAAAAAGAGGAAAUGCAAAAAGAUGUUGACGUUUCCUUGACCUUAACACUAAAAGACGAAAAGAAGGAUGUUAAUAAGAAAGAUGUUGAAGAGCAAAAAGUACCAGUGUCAGAGGAGGGAAAAUACGAAGAUGAUCAAAAACAGAAGGAAAUCCAAUCUGAAGGUCUCAGUGGGACAACAAUGAAAGAUGCGGUUAAGCAGCUCCAUAGCAAAGAUGAAGCUAUUGAAGAUAGCAAGAAAGAGCUCACAGUGGAUUCAAGUGGAGAGGAACAUGAGACCAAAACUGAACCAUACAACACACAAGAACUUCUAAAGGAUAUGGAUGUAAAAGAGGUGGACCAACCCCUAACCAAGGGCAUGGAAGAGAAGGCUAAAGAGGAGAUACCUGGAAAAGACAUCUCUGUCACAUUGACUUCAGCUCCAAAAGUUGAGGUGCUAGAGAAAAAGCAGCAGGCAUCCCCAUCAGAUGAAGACCAACAGGCGAUUCGAGCCGAAAACAAGCAAGAAACAGAACCUAAGGGAGGAGCGACGGCCGUUAUUAGUUCCGACGUAAAGAUGGAAAAAGAAAAAGAUGAUGCAGAUGUUGCCGAAUUAAGUAAGGAACAAAAGAUGGGAAAGGAGCAGGAGAAAGAGGCAACCUGUGAGACGGAAGAUCUGUGGGAGCAAAACACCAAAUCGGAAGAGGUGAAAAUCCCGUCUGAUUUGAAGGCAAAAGACGUCAGCGAGAAAGAGACUGCUUAUGCUCAACAUGCCAAAGAAGAGAAAUGGGAGCGAGAGGAGUUACAAGAGGACCUCGACAAAACCACGAAGCAAUCCACGCAGGCAACAUUUGGAGAAGAAGCAGCAUUGGGUUCCCAUUCAGACUACAAGCCUACCUUCACCGUUCAGUCUUCGGACGAAGAACAAGAUGAUGAGGAGGAGGAAGAGUAUAUAUGUAUGGGUUCCAGACCUUUGUCUGUCGAGCCAAGAAAAUCUGAACUUGACCUUUGCUCUGCAGACCAAAUAUCUCCAUCAAGCGCUCAAACUACUGAAGCCAUGCCUAGGCAGACCGUAAUAGUCAUUCCAACACUUACAAUGCAGGAACCGUCACUAGAUGAAGACAUUAAAGAUGUUUUAACAGAAGAAUGCAGUCUUUCCUCUGAUUCUGCAAAACCUGAAACUGCUCCUCAAGUGAUCGCCCACUCUGAAACGUGUUCAGCUGCAGAAACAUUAGGAGGGGAGUCAACUUCUCUUCAAAAACAAGAGCCAUUCCCUGAUGUAUCAUUUUCUAAGACAGAACAAGAGUCCAGCUUAAGUACAGAGAGCCAGUCCAAAGUCCAAUCUCAAACAAGUCCUGGGGCAGUUGUUAAGCUGGAGCAAGAGGAAAAGCCCGGCAAAGAGGCAGAGCGUGAGAUGGAAAGAGAGCGGGAGGCAGCUUCCCCAGGAUUUUCACAGCCUUGUUCAUACUUUCUAUUGGACAAAGACUCUGAUGACAGCGGCCCGACUGAUGCCUUGAAAUCAGAUGAUGCAGAGAAGGGGAGCACUAAAAAGGAAAUACAAAAUGAAAGCAAAUCUAUUACUGCAUCCAAGUACGAUCCAUAUGAGAAGCCCAUCCCAGAAGAUCCCACCAUUCAAGAGGAGACUGAUAUUUUCACACGAGGUCACACUUCUGAUAUCAGCAUGGAUGAUAACAGGAGAACAAGCCAAACAGGGUCAGUCAUGUUCCAACAAGAUGAUCAAGUCAAAGAAGAACCAAUGUCCUUAAGUAGAGUUGACUACAGCCCACAGAGUGAAAGCCACCUUAGUGCCUCAACGGAGCAGGAAGACAGAGAAAAAGGGCAAGAAGAAGAAUGGGAAAGAGAAGAAAGAGUAGACACCAAUAUGCGAGACAAUAAAACUUCUCAAGAUUCUUAUAGUCCUAAAGAGGACAAACCAGAAAAAUCGGAGAAAGAGAAAGAGGAUAUGAUGGAAGGAACUUCAAGAGUAAGUGACCAAGUGUCUACUAGUGUGGUUCUUCAAUCCCCAGGGUCCCCAUCCAUACAAGAAUCCUGGAGCCGAUCAGAACUCAGCGCCCCAUCUACGCAAAAGGACACUGCUAAGAAAGAAACAGAAGGUUCUACAUCUGGUCGACACUCGCCAUCAGAAAAAGACAUUUUAUCUCAAGCUGCUUCAUCUUCUGAAAGGGAAGAGCAAAUAAGUAAACAGAGUGCUGGCUCGGCUUCCUCAUUUUUAGAACAUAAAGUAGAUGACAACAUUCUUGCCUCAGACAGUAAUCGAUCCAUGUCGGACCUUCCCGGAGCCAAAGAACAGCAGGUCGAUGUACGCUUACUCGUAGAGGUUGAAGAUUUCAAUGUUGAUGAUGACGAAGAAGAUGAAAAUGAUGAGGAAGACGAUGACUCCAGUGAUGUUGACAUUGAAAAAGGUGCCAGAGAGCAAUCUGAAAAAGAAGCAUGUGGCCGUAGUCCUGAUGAGAAUACAUCACCCUCAGAGGACUCGAACAAAACCUCUCCUGAAGGGAACUUCCAAAAGGACGAGAUGACCUCUAAAGUCACACCUUAUGUUGCCUCCGAGUCGUAUGAAGAUAACGCAAGUAAAAUAUUACCAUCUGCCAACAAAACACACCUUGAGAAGGAACUGGUUUAUGGAGCUGAAACAACUGGUAGUAUGACCCAACCUCACGACACCAAAAGUGAAGGCAAAACAACUCCAUCACCAGGUAAAAGUGAUGUCAAACUAGACAACAUCUGCUUGGCUACACCAUAUGAACCAAAACCUCUUGAAACAAAGGAAGAGAAAACAUGCUUAUCCCCUGAGCAAGCAAUGCAAAGAAGGCUAUCGAUUGCUGAGGAUGUUUCUUCCUUUGAGGUCCAACAGUCAAAGGAUAGAGACAAAGAAACAAUCUCACCAGAACCAGAAGACUGUAGUCAGUCUCCACCCACAAGCAGCUCAACCUCAGUAGCACCAUCUGACCAACAAACGUCCCUAUCGACUACUUCCCUUGGUCUCUUUGGAACCUAUGCCGAUAUUGGACUCGGUGGAUCUGUAGGAUACACUGAAGUCAGUCAAGUGGAUUCAAAAGAUCAUCAGCUCGAUAGCCAAUCAAAUACAUGCCGACGAGUAACGUUAAGCGAAGAUCAAUAUUACCACAGAGACACCCAAGAGCAACGCUCAGAUCUUGCUACAAAACAGGAGGAGCAGGUUCUCUCAUCACCUUCAGCCAGUUAUGCAUCACCCUUUGCAACAUUUACUCAACAAUUAGAAGACACUGCUCAAAGGUUUGUGAGUAUAUCGAGCAGUUUAGCCCAGCAUGUGCCAUCUUUAAGUAGCGGGUCUGUAGGCUCAACCUCUGGUGGCCUUCAAAGAGACGAGUACAUGGAGGUGAUGACGAAACCUACAAAAGAGCCUGAAGAGACCAAACCGUCAAGUACUGAGCCUUCCAAAGUGGCCGACAUUUCUUCCACAUCAGAAGCUAGUUUUGAUGUCUUUCAACAAAGGGCUGAACCCACUGACAGGGGUCUCCAAGGAACUGCAGUAGAGCUCGCAUGUGACUUAAAAUGUCAAAAAGUAACUGAAGAAAAAGACACUUUUUCAGUACUAACACAGUCACAUUUGACAGAAAAUAAUUCAAACGCCUCAGACACAAAGACUAUCACGACUGUUGAGUCUUUACCAGAAGUGGUGACGCAAACAGCUCAUCACGCUGCCUCAGUCACUUCAGAAAGUGCAAGUGGUGCUAUAAACACUUCAUGUGCCGUCUCAGACGAGAAGGAAAAGCAGCAAAAAGUGAAAACCGCAUUGGAUGAAAAGGAGAUGAUAAUCCACACUGAAGUGCAACUGGAAAAAGGAAAAACAGACACUGCAAAAGGACAAAUGGAAGCAAAGUCUCUGGACGAAAACAUGUGCAAAGACAGCACUGAUAAGAUAAAGGCUUCAGCUGAGAUGAGUGAUAAAGUAGAUGUCGAGAAAGAAGUAGAAGCCGACAGCUCAGAGGACAAUGAAAGCUUUUUGGACAAGCCACCAGAGAGAUUAGAAGCAAGGCGAAAAAGUAGUAUAUCUGAUUGGGAGCUAGUACAGAAGCCUGAUGACUUCCCAAGUGCCCCUCCACCAGGUUACGGUAACCAAGAGGAGGAAGCCUUCGAAUGGAUGGCGAGCAUCCACGGUGCCUCCUCAAAAGCAACCUCACUCACUGGAGCGUCGAGCAAAGCAAUAACUGACCGUCCAUCGGACUUGAACACCAUAACCACCUCUGCGGACUCUUAUGAUUACAAACAGCGUAAAGGAGAACUUUCUCCUUCCUUCAUUAACCCUAGUCCAUAUCAGUUUUCUGGUGACGAGUUUGAAGAGGAUGACCGAAGUGACUGCUCCCAGGAGGGAGGCGAUGCAGCUCAUGAGAAAAAAUCGGCGAAAAGGAAGUCACACAAGCAGAGGCGACACCACGGAGACCAGUUGUCCGGCGCCGUCUCAUCAGGAACCGAGGAGUGUCCGUCCAUUACCGCGGAAGGUAACCUGGAUUCAGAUGAAGAUGGUGAGCAUCUGCCUACGGACAAGUUAUCUACCUCGGGUGCCGCCGGCGGCCGACGUCCUUCGUCGCCGAGGGCAGCUCAACGGACGCAAGAUCCUCCGCCCACCUCCGUGAAAGACCCUCCUCCACAACCUCCUCAUCCUGAUGCGUGCAUGGUGGAUCCAGAGACCCUUAUUCAGGACAUCAGUGGCACAGACAAACUUCUCAAGAAGGACCACAAGGCCACCAAGGGCCUCAGAAAAGCCAAACCUAAGUCGGCUUCUCCUGCUCGGAAGGGUGAAGCCAAGAAGAGGUCUGCGACACCUGUGAAGCAAGCCCACAAGGACUCUGCCUCACCCCGAUCAGCCUCCCUCAAGAGGAAGGACCUGGAGAGGAGUUCCAGGCUUGUGAAGAUGUCCGAAAACCAAGGUUCACGGAGUGAUAUCCUAAAUCCCGGGAAAGGCCUGGUUAAUGGAUUAAAGAGCAGUUCAGGAAACAACCCCCAGAAAGCACCUUCAUCCGUUCCGCCAGGGCCACCCGUCUACGUGGACCUGGCUUACGUGCCCAACCACUGCAGUGCCAAGAACGUAGACCAGGAGUUCUUCAAGCGGGUGCGGGCGGCGUACUACGUCGUGAGCGGGAACGACCCGAGCAGUGGAGAGCCGAGUCGUGGAGUUCUGGAUGCCCUGCUGGAAGGCAAAGCUCAGUGGGGCUCCAACCUUCAGGUGACCCUGAUCCCGACCCACGACACGGAAGUGACCCGCGAGUGGUACCAGCGCACCCACGAGAGGCAGCAGGACCUCAACGUCAUGGUUCUGGCCUCCAGCAGCACCGUGGUCAUGCAGGAUGAGUCAUUCCCCGCCUGCAAGAUCGAGUUUUGACUUGUGUGCCGUCUCCUUAACAAUCUGCUGCAAGUAUUCAGCAAAGCGUUUAAGCGACACUAUUCAUUUGACCUUUUUCAAAAUGAUAAUGACCGUAGUCAUAAUUUCGUGUAGGUGAAUUCAUUUUUCCUUUUCUCAGCAAUCUGAAAUAAUGGUGCAGAUGUCCCUAAUUUGCCUCACAGCUUCUCUUUAAUCAUUUCAUCUUUUUGGUGGUUUUAGUAUUCUUUCCGUACUUUUUAUUCUGAUGCUCCUUUGUAAUAAUUUGACAUAAUUUAUUUCAAUGUUAUUUGUAUGAUAGUUUUCAAUUACAAAAUGUUCAUUUUAGAUUUCAAACCGUUAUGAUUUCAUUUGUAUUUUCAUGUAACUGUGCAGCAUUUCUGCACUAACAAAUAACACGAAUGUUUCUCGUUUUGACACGAACAACACUAAUGUAGCAGCAAACGGACAAGACCAAACAUAAAAAAUACAAACGUAAAACUGUCAGUCAGUCGAGAAGUGUGACGACUCGUGUUCAAAUAGUAAAAAAACAAAAUUGAAUGUGUUGACAUUCAUAGCAAUGCACUUUUUUUUCCCCAAGAAGGAAGUGGGAGGGGUUUAGUCGUUAGUAUCGAAGCACAGUGAUGACCUCAAUGACCGCAAACACAUAUUGUAAUAUGUAAAUAUUGAGAAUUAUAAGAACUAUUUAUAAAUGAGCAUGAAUGAAUGUUUGGGACGACAUUUGCAGGAAUGUGUUAUUUUCUAGUUUUAAAAUAUUGCAUGCUUGAGGCGGAUAGUAGCUGAGAAUGUCGUACAGGUCAUGACUUUUCUUGUAAUCGCACUAAACGUUUGCUGGGGCCAAUGAUUCCGUUUGUCGUUUUAAUGCUAAUUCUGUUUACCGCUAACACGUACGAGGCAUUCCAGGAAAUUGGCAAGUAGCGAAUCGUGAGCAGAUAGCGAAGUUGCUUCAGUCGUUACAAUGUUUUAGGAAAACGUUUUGUUAACAGUGAAAAAUGACUAACUAAUUACGCUUAACAGGAUAACGAAACAUCCCACUCCAGACGUCGACUGUAAACAAAAACUACUGUAUUCUUGUCAACAAACAUUCUGACUUACGCUUUUUAACCUUAAAUUCAUAGAAAAUGUAUUUUCAUAACUUUCCAAUUCCUUUCUAACAACACUACAGCAUUGUAGUUUUUUGGGGAAAUAUUUCAAAUGUUAUUCUCAUAACCUUUCGUUGAGAUAAGGACUGAAUAACUUUAUUGUUUUAGCUAGAGUUGUCCGAUAAUGACUUUUUAACCGAUAUCCCAAUGUUGCCCAACUCCACCAAUAUCAAAACGAUACAUACGGUCGUUAGGUGGAUUUUGACUUUUAUGGCAGAGGGGGGCAAAACAUUUUGAUGACCCCGAAACGCAGUUUCAGCAAUAAAAUUUAAUUUACAAGCUACAGUCCUUGACAAAAGUCUUGUCGCUUACCCAAUUUUGUAGAAACAAUUGCUAAUAACUAGGGUUGUUCCGAUCAUGUUUUUUUGCUCCCGAUCCGAUCCGGAUCGUUUUAGUUUGAGUAUCUGCCGAUCCCGAUAUCUUUUAAUAUUUUAUAAUGUACGAAUUGUAGCAUUAAAACACUAUGCUUCCAAAGAUUAUUCCAACGCAACAUUUUCAUUUGUUUCCCAUUGUAACCUUACGUAUCUUAUUCUCGUAACAAAUAUGUCAUAAUACGACCAUUUUUUUGUUAACUAUAUUUUUUAUUGUAGUUUUUCUCCAAACUUUGGAAUUUCUGUUAUAAUAUUCACAAGUAGACUAAUUCUCUAAACAGUUUUCGUAAUAUUAAAUUGGUACGCAAAGAUUUGCCUCAAAACAUUACAGUGUCGUCCGUGCGAUAAUCAUGUGUAAUAAUCUCGAUACUUCAAAAUUACUUGAUAAUCUUAGGAAUUUUACCCUGAAAAUGAAAAAACUAAUUAUCCGACAAUUCCAGACAGUUGAUAUCUGACGAUUCUUCAAACGUUUUAACCGAUUUUUGCCUUAAUGUCACGACUCCCGAUAUUUUUCAAAACAUUACAAUGCAAUCCUCGUGAUAAUCUCGUGUAAUAUAUUUUUUCUCUCCAACCAGUAUCUGACGAUUUUAAAACUAGAGUUAACACAUAAUGACUUUUUAACCAAUGACCGAUAUCUUGAUGUUGCUGAACUCCAAAAAUCCGAUACUGAUAUCAAACCGAUACCGAUAUAUGCAGUCGUAGACUUGCUCACAUAACGUAUCCCUAGCGUCUUAGUUUGGAGACAUCUAAUGGUCAAUAAGCAUAAUUGCCGUGCUAAGCUGUGACAAGCCCUUGUACAAAGGCAGAUGGCUUAAACAUUAGCUUUGAAGGCAACGUGCAUAUUGGCCCAAAACCGAUAAUGGAAAAUCAUCUUAAAAUGCUUAUAUGGACAGAUAUUAUCGGACAACUCUACUUAGAACGUUAAUUUCAUCGAUUUUUCUUGUAAUGUUUUAUAACGUAAAACCACAGAAUCGUAAUACGUUUUUUUUUCUUAAAAAAGGACUUUAUCCCUGUAGCAAUACUUUCUCGUGGCGACGUAGUUAUUUUCACGGCAGGGCCGAGAACUAAAAGUGGUACUUGGUAUGUGGCAAAAUUGAUUUUGCCAUGCGGCCUUUUUUGGGUAUUGGCAAAAUGGAUUUUCGCAUGUGCCAUUUUUUCGGGGAUGUGGCGUUUUUUUUUUGGUAUGUGGCAAAAUUGAUUUUGACACAUGCCAUUUUUUUGGUAUGUGGCCAAAUGGAUUUUGCCAUGUGGCAUUUUUUUGGCGUGUGGCAUUUUUAUAUGGUAUGUGGCUUUUUUUAUGUUAUAUAGCAUUUUUUGCAGGCCAUGCACGUCCAUGCCAAUGACGGCUAUGCACGUCCAAAUUUUCCAUUCAUUUUAAACGGCAGAAAAACAUCCUUUUUGCCACACACCAAAAAUAAUGCCACAUGGCAAAAUCAAUUUUGCCACAUACCAAAUACCACUUUUCGUUCUCGCUGUCUCUCCAUUUUCAUUGCAUUUGAAACUUUAAAACAAUGACAAAUUGUAAGAAAACUUCUGUCAUCUUUAACGUUUCGUUGCGGGUAUGAAAUUCCCAGUUUUCCGGAAUGCGCUCGCAAGAAAAUUUCCCUUUUUCUACCGUCACAAAAACGACUUUCUCGACAACGCCUCAAAGUUCUGAAUGAGACCAUUUCGUAGGUAUUCCGGUGCGACUUUUCAAGGCAUCGGUAGAACGCUGUGAGACAUAAAAAGUAUUUUUCUGAAUGUACAUGCGUCGACAAACAACUCAAAACGUGGAUUUAACGGGAACACAAACCUUUGGACGUAACGCCGGAACACAACCAGUGGCGGCCGGCCACGGCUGCGACUAUUCUCCUGAAUAUGACUUGAAAACAAGUCAAAAUGGUCAAACACGACAAGAAUGUACCACACACGUGCACACAAACCGCUUUGUACAUAUCUCUAAACGUAACGUUACGCUUCUACAGUGAUUCCGACCCUCCGAGAGAACGUCAUCUAAUCCUCUUGCAUGUGACUUAUUUCGUUAUAACCCUGAAUGUAAUUGUUUAACAGGAAGUACCGCUAAUGCUAAAUCCGAAUGACGAUUUCAGGCGUGCUUGUUUGUUUGUCGUUAUCGAGAUGCUGUACAGCGCUAACUCAUGUUUGACGCUCUCUCUCUCUCUCUUUCCCUUCCUGGAAAUGUAUAUCGACUUUCUUCUUCUCUGGCGCAAAUAUGUCAACUGUUUCAACUAUUGCUGUCUCUCUCUGGUCAAGUAGAAGUGCUGCAUACGCAUUCAAUGUAAAAGGGAAACAGCCCGGUGAUCAUCAAUUAAAGUACGCUCA